AGCGGCGAGGCUUUGCCUCCGGGGCGGGGCCGUCGCCGCCCGCGGGGAUGACCCAUGCGUGGCCGCCGACCCGGCUGCUGGAGGCCGCCACGCUGCAGCCAGUGCUGAAGGAGGCGAGGGUCGCGCCUGCAGCCCGCCGCAGCUGCUGCCAAGUCACGCAGGGCAGGUUGCCACCACUUGGGCAGUGUGGAGCUCUUCGCCAGGCCGCCACCGGCUUUCUCUCCGCGAGAGGCGUGGCGGGCGAGGUCAAGGCCAGCCAGCACAGCCCCGCCGCGCCCGGCGGCAGCAGCCCGGCCACCGCGCGUGGACCGCCCAGGAACGGCAUGCCCCCAGCGGUUUGGGGCGACAUAAUGGCCUGCCUGCUUGACUGGCCAGCGGCCACGGCGGAGUGGGCCGCGGUGGCCUCUGCAGACGGGCUCUCCCCGCGCUGCGCGGCGGGCCAGGAGGGCGCAAAGCUGCAGGCGGACGUGCACCGGCUGGUGGUCAGGGUGCGUCAGCUCGGCAGCCAGCUUGGACAGGCCAGCCUUGAGCGCGACGCCGCGGCGGCCGUAGCCCAGCGGCUGCAGAGCGAGGCGGACCAGCUCGGGGCCGAGAGCCGAGCGGCCUCGCGGAGGCUGUCCGCCGCCCGCAGCUCGUUGGGAGGCGGGCUGGCCGCGGACAGUGGCGCCGCUGCUGCGGGGGCGAGGGCGAGAUCGAGGAGUUUGCGGCCGCGGAGGCUGGCGCGCUGCGGGCGCAGAUCGACGCCCUGCAGAGGGAGCGGGUGGGCAUGAGGGCCGAAAUCGCCGCGUGCCGGGCCGAGCUGCUCAAGGGUCAGCCCGCGCUCGAGGACCUGCGCCGCCGCCUCUUCGAGCGGUUCGGCGAGACCGAGGGCCUGCGGCACGGCCUGCUCCGCCUCUCUGAGCGGUCUGGCGAUUGCGGGGGCGAUACGCCGACUUCGGGCCCGCGCAGAGCCCGACCUGGUGAUGCAGCACUUCUCGAAGAGCUACGUGUCAACACCCUGUAGCUGCAGAUAUGAUAGGAGUGGUGAUGCCGUGGCGCUCUAAGCGCACGGUAGUAGUUGUUUGCCGUCAAAGCGGAAGUAGCGGAGCCAUUCAAUUUUUCACGCUUCGCGUAUCCCCACCUGGCCCGGCACAGAAACGGAAAGUUCUUGGAAUAUGCAAUUCAGAUACCGCUAUUCCACCUUAGCCCGAAGGGCUUGUGGGAUUGUAGUGGCCUCCGUGUCUGCCCACCUUGUGACACUGCAAGUUGCAGGCUUGGCACAACUUGUUUAUAAUUCAUCGCGAGAGGUUCAGCGCAGAGGCAUCGGCAGUAGGUGAGGGACGGCCGGCCAGGGAGAAGGGGGGCCUCUUGCGGCCAACCAAGAGGUAAGUUGGGCCGUCUUGUGUGAUGUUGGGGACUUAAAUGUGUGACUUGUUCUGUUCCUCGGUCUUUUACAUCGCCAGCCCGAGUCGAACAGGCAUCUCGGAGUCUUUGCCAUCUACGUGUAGGACUCCGCGGGCUUCGCUGUGCUCUUGAGUCGUGAGCUGGCGGGUGAUUGCACUGACGCCUCAAAGUGUUCGGUCGCUGCGCAGGCCGUGUAUGGUACAGUGCAGUGCUUGUCAGAGCGGUGUCACGAUAUAUGUCCGAGCUAGCUGCACCCAUUGCGGGGACAUCCAUG